ACAGCAGUAGGUAAAACACAAUGUUUCUAUUAUAAUACAUAGUUCCCCUAUAAAAAUAGAAAUCACAGAGGAUAUCUUUACCCGAACUUUGGCCACCCAAUCCAAGAUUGGGACUAGCACCAACCGUGGGAGAUGUCUGCGAUGCGGCAUCGCCCGAUGGCCCCUCCGGGCCAAGGAGCCGGAACGGGAACCGCCGGAGAGCAGGGCGACAGCGAUGACAACAACUUUACCGAUGACGAGAGCUCGCCACUCACUCAUGACAUCUAUGGCGGCAGCCAACGCACCAUACAAGAGACGAAGGGUUGGGAUGUUUUCCGGGAUCCGCCGAUCAAGAUUGAGACCGGAUCGACGGCAAACCUAGAGUGCUUAGAAUUAACCGUAAAGAUCUUAAAGAUCUUCGCCUAUGUGAUUACGUUUAUCAUAGUUUUAACCGGUGGUGUCAUCGCCAAGGGCACAAUGCUCUUCAUGACCUCGCAGGUGCGCAAGGAUAAGAAGAUGGAGUACUGCAACAAAGACUUGGGUCGGGACAAAAGCUUCGUGGUGCGGCUCCCAGAAGAGGAGCGAGUAGCCUGGAUCUGGGCGCUGCUGAUAGCCUACGCCCUUCCCGAGAUCGGAGCCCUGAUCCGAUCCGUCCGCAUCUGCUUCUUCAAGACCUUUAAGGUGCCGAAGACAGGGCACUUCCUGUUCGUCUGGCUGAUGGAGAGUUUAAGCGCCGUGGGCAUGGCACUGCUGAUGUUCGUAGUUCUGCCCCAGAUCGACGCUAUCCAAGGCGCCAUGCUGACCAAUUGCCUGUGCGUGGUGCCGGGCAUCUUUGGCCUCCUGUCGCGCACCUCCAAAGAGGGCAAGCGGUUUGUGAAGGUGAUCAUCGACCUGGCGGCGGUGACGGCCCAGGUUACAGGUCUGGUGAUUUGGCCGCUACUGGAGAACCGCCGGGAGCUAUGGGUUAUCCCAGUGGCCUGUGUCAUGAUCUCGUGCGGCUGGUGGGAGAAUUACGUAUCGCCACUGUCCCCACUCGGCCUGGUUCGUGCUCUGGGUCGCAUAAAGGAGGAGAUGAAGUACACUCGCUACUUCUGUCACAUAUUUCUCUCCAUCUGGAAGAUCCUACUUUUCUUCACCGUCACACUGCUUAUCUACUGGGCGCAAGGCGAGGAACCCGGCAAUCUGUUCGCAAUGUACGGAGACGCUUUUGGACCUCACAAGAUCAUAGUCUACGAACUGCCAGCGGGACUGGGCGGUGUGCUUCCAGAUACCCUGGAGUCGGCCAACAUUGACACCGUGGAUGUGGAUGCCGCUUACAAUACAGUGGUGUAUGUUCUGCUUCUACAGAUUUUCGGCGCCUACUUGUGCUACAUCUUCGGAAAAUUCGCCUGCAAGAUCCUUAUCCAGGGAUUCAGCUACGCGUUUCCCGUCAGUCUAACUGUUCCGCUCUCUGUCACUUUCCUGAUCGCAGCCUGUGGAAUCCGAAUCGACGAUCCCUGCUUCUUCCAUGACACCAUUCCAGACUACCUGUUCUUUACGAGCCCCUCAAACUUCCGGUUUAACAACUUCGUCACCGAGCAAAUGGCGUGGGCCUGGAUCCUUUGGCUCCUGAGUCAGACCUGGAUAGCACUGCACAUCUGGACUCCAAAGUGCGAGCGCCUGGCCACCACCGAAAAGCUGUUUGUCCAGCCCAUGUACUCCUCUCUUCUGAUCGAUCAGUCGAUGGCCCUCAACCGAAGGCGUGAUGACCAGGCAGAUGUAAAAACAGAGGAUCUUUCGGAGAUCGAAAAGGAAAAAGGCGAUGAGUACUACGAGACUAUUUCUGUGCACACGGAUCGUUCCUCGGCACCCAACAAGCCAUCGAUUAAGUCCUCCGAUAACAUCACACGAAUCUACUCCUGCGCGACUAUGUGGCAUGAGACGAAAGACGAGAUGAUAGAGUUCUUAAAGAGCAUCAUGCGAAUGGACGAGGACCAGUGUGCUCGUCGUGUGGCUCAAAAGUAUCUGAGGGUUCUCGAUCCGGAUUACUACGAAUUUGAGACCCACAUCUUCUUCGAUGACGCCUUCGAAAUCUCCGAUCACAGCGACGACGAUAUCCAAUGCAAUCGCUUCGUCAAGCUUUUAAUAGCCACCAUGGACGAGGCUGCCUCCGAGAUCCAUCAGACCACGAUCAGACUGCGUCCGCCAAAGAAGUACCCCACUCCGUACGGAGGCCGCCUGGUGUGGACCCUUCCGGGAAAGACCAAGUUCAUUACGCACUUAAAGGACAAGGACCGCAUUCGUCACAGAAAGCGUUGGUCUCAGGUGAUGUACAUGUACUACCUGCUAGGACAUCGCCUCAUGGAGCUGCCCAUUUCGGUGGAUCGCAAGGAUGCGAUUGCGGAAAACACCUACCUUCUGACCCUGGACGGAGACAUUGACUUCAAGCCGAAUGCGGUGACUCUUUUGGUGGAUCUAAUGAAGAAAAACAAGAACCUGGGUGCCGCCUGUGGUCGCAUUCAUCCCGUGGGAUCGGGACCCAUGGUUUGGUACCAGCUCUUCGAGUACGCAAUAGGUCAUUGGCUACAAAAGGCCACGGAGCACAUGAUUGGUUGCGUGCUGUGUUCACCUGGAUGCUUUUCCCUGUUCAGGGGCAAGGCCCUCAUGGAUGACAAUGUAAUGAAGAAAUACACUACGCGGUCGGAUGAGGCUCGUCACUAUGUCCAGUACGAUCAGGGCGAAGAUCGAUGGUUGUGCACAUUGCUUCUCCAGAGGGGAUACCGAGUGGAGUAUUCGGCUGCCAGUGAUGCGUACACCCACUGUCCUGAGGGAUUCAAUGAGUUCUACAACCAGCGGCGCAGAUGGGUGCCCUCGACCAUUGCUAACAUCAUGGAUCUGUUGGCGGAUGCGAAGCGCACGAUCAAAAUCAAUGAUAACAUUUCCCUGCUGUACAUCUUCUACCAGAUGAUGUUGAUGGGGGGAACUAUCCUGGGCCCCGGAACCAUUUUCCUUAUGUUGGUGGGUGCCUUCGUCGCAGCUUUUCGCAUCGACAACUGGACCUCCUUUCACUACAACAUCGUGCCUAUCCUGGCCUUCAUGGUAAUCUGCUUCACCUGUAAAUCGAAUAUCCAGUUGUUCGUGGCCCAAGUCCUUUCGACGGCAUAUGCCUUGAUCAUGAUGGCGGUGAUUGUGGGUACGGCCUUGCAGUUGGGAGAGGAUGGAAUAGGCUCCCCUUCGGCCAUUUUCCUGAUAUCGAUGGUGGGCUCAUUCUUCAUAGCUGCAUGUUUGCAUCCACAAGAGUUCUGGUGCAUUACAUGCGGCCUAAUCUAUUUGCUAUCCAUUCCGUCCAUGUACCUGCUGCUCAUCUUGUACUCGAUCAUCAACCUGAACGUCGUCUCCUGGGGAACCCGCGAAGUAGUUGCUAAGAAAACCAAGAAAGAACUCGAGGCGGAGAAGAAGGCCACCGAGGAGGCUAAGAAGAGAGUGAAGCAGAAGAGCAUGCUGAGCUUUCUUCAGAGUGGAAUAGGGGAUAAUGGCGACGAGGAGGGCUCCGUGGAGUUCUCCCUGGCUGGGCUCUUUCGCUGCAUAUUCUGCACCCACGGAAAAACCUCCGAUGAGAAACAGCAGCUGACUUCCAUCGCGGAAUCGCUAGACACGAUCAAACAUCGAAUGGACACCAUCGAGAGUGCUGUGGAUCCCCACGGUCACCAUGCCUCCAGACAUGGAAGGAGGAGAACCACAUCCAGUGGCUCCAAGGAUCACCACUUGCUGACCUCGGUGGCGGAGAAGUCAGGCGAUGAAUCGGACGAGUCAGACUCAGACACUUCGGCAGAACCAAAGCAGGAGCGAGAUUUUCUUACCAACCCCUACUGGAUCGAGGAUCCAGAUGUCCGCAAGGGCGAAGUGGACUUCCUCUCCAGCACUGAAAUCCAGUUCUGGAAGGAUCUCAUCGACCAGUAUCUCUACCCUAUCGACAACGAUCCCGUGGAACAGGCCCGCAUCGCUAAGGAUCUGAAGGAGCUGCGCGACUCGUCGGUGUUCGCGUUCUUCAUGAUCAACGCGCUGUUCGUGCUGAUCGUGUUCUUGCUGCAGCUGAACAAGGACAACAUUCACGUGAAGUGGCCUUUUGGAGUGCGGACGAACAUCACCUACGACGAGUCCACCCAGGAGGUGCACAUCUCAAAGGAGUACCUUCAGCUAGAGCCCAUUGGACUGGUAUUCGUGUUCUUCUUUGCUCUUAUUUUGAUAAUUCAGUUUACGGCCAUGCUGUUCCAUCGAUUUGGAACCAUUUCGCACAUCUUGGCCUCAACUGAACUCAACUUCUGCAAGAAGAAGUCCGAGGAUCUAACUCAGGAUCAACUAAUAGAUAAACAUGCUGUGGAGAUCGUCAAAAACUUGCAGAGGCUACAGGGAAUCGAUGGGGACUACGACAAUGACUCCGGUUCCGGACCAGAUCGCAUAGCCAGACGGAAGACGAUUCAAAAUCUGGAGAAGGCGCGACAGCCGCGUCGCCAAAUCGGCACCCUGGAUGUGGCUUUCAAAAAGCGCUUCCUGAAACUCACUGCCGACGCAGAGAACAAUCCGGCCACGCCCAUUCUCACCCGCCGCCUCACAAUGCGGGCGGAGACCAUCCGGGCACUGGAAGUGCGCAAGAAUUCAGUAAUGGCGGAAAGGCGGAAGUCUGCCAUGCAAACUCUGGGAGCGAAGAACGAAUACGGGAUUACGACUGGAGCACCGACUAACAACAAUGGAGCUCUGCCGAAUCAGCGAAGCGCCCGCAUUUCAAAUGUAGGAAUCAGCAUCAAGGAUGUAUUUAAUGUAAACGGCGGUGCUGCAGAGCAAAUUUACGGCUCGAAUGGGGGCGGCACAAUCAACCAGGGUUAUGAGCACGUGAUUGACGAGGACGGCGACGGCAACUCCCUGCGGCUGACCACCAGGAACCCGCAUCCCCACCCGCAUCACCAGGUCUCAUGGGGCCAGAACACCAAUGGCGGCGGCAACGGCACAGGCCGCCUAUGAAGAACCCAUACAUCCUAGACGUAGUGCUAAGUUAGACCUAGGGACCUUGUUAACGAAUUCCGCCUCUUUCCAGAAACUGCCUACUCUUAAGACUAAGCCAAUACAUAGAGUAAUAGUCAGGAGGGAUUGUGUUGAAAAGUAUACAUGGGGACGCGAGAGAGAUCCAAGAUAUACUGGGGUUCAGGAGGGAUCCUGGCGACACAACGAACAUAAUACUUAGCUAAUCACACUGCCAGUACCAAUGUAUGCAUGUGCGUGGGUCAUCGCCCAUUGUGGCAGCAACAUUCAUACAAUGUACUAUACUAUCAUUUCUUAGGUUAUGUUUAAGUCAAUCCCCGCGUGGAUCCUUCAGGACACGGGGCCAGUGCAUGCUGACUCAAAAUACUCAACGUGGAGCUGAUUCGCAGCUGAGUGCA